CCUCGCCUCAUGUGGGCGGGGCUGAAAAGGAGGCAGUUUAGGAGCGGGGUGCGGGCUCGCAGAAGACGUGCGGGUCGCCUGCGAACGGAGCUGAGCACGGACGUGACCGUUUGGAGCCGAAAUGGAACAAGCAGAGGCAGAGCCAGCGAGAGGCCGGGUCACAAGGACGCGCUUGACCGAACACGUCCCAAAAGCCAAGAGGUGCACAGUGAUCGGGGGCUCCGGCUUCCUGGGCCAGCACAUGGUGGAGCAGUUGCUGGCGAGAGGUUACGCCGUCAACGUGUUCGACAUGCGGCAGAGCUUCGAGGAUCCCCGCGUGCACUUCUUCCUGGGGGACCUCUGCAGCGCGCAGGACCUGUGCCCGGCUGUGAAAGGGGUGAGCACGGUCUUCCACUGCGCCUCGCCCCCACCGUCCAGUAGCAACAGGGAGCUCUUCUAUAGAGUCAAUUACCUUGGCACCAAGAACGUCAUUGAAACUUGCAGAGAGGCCGGGGUUCAGAAACUCAUCUUAACCAGCAGUGCCAGCGUGGUCUUUAAUGGCAGCGACGUCAAGAAUGGCAGCGAGGACCUCCCUUACGCCACGCACCCCAUCGACUACUACACGAAGACAAAGAUCUUACAGGAGCAAGCCGUCCUGGAUGCCAGCGACCCCGAUGGGAAUUUUUUGACCACAGCCAUCCGCCCUCACGGGAUCUUUGGUCCCAGGGACACCAACAUGGUCCCUGUCCUCGUCGACGCAGCCAGGAAGGGCAAGAUGAAGUUCAUAAUUGGGAAUGGCAAGAACUUAGUGGACUUCACCUUCGUGGACAACGUGGUGCAUGGGCACAUCCUGGCCGCGGAGCGCCUGUCCCGAGACUCGUCCCUCUGCGGGAAGGAAAGAAGUGUCGGCGGCAACAUGGAGAGAUUGCGCUGCACUGGCAGGAAUGUAUUGCAAAACGGCGCCGCUGCUGUGGACAUCAGUGUGGAGGGCCCUCGAAUGCUCCACGUGGGACUGCUGUGGGGGUCCACAUCUGGGCGUGUGCUCAUGCCAACAGCAGCCUGAAAAGGAACCUGCACCGCCACGUUCACGCAGCCACGUUCACGCAGUGUGCUUCACAAGCAGCGGGAGUCUGUGGGUGGCGAGUGGCCAAGAAGGCGCCGUGUGCACACACAGCAGAAUGUCACCGGGCCUGGAAAGGAGGGACCUGCUGCCAUGUGCUACGACUGGAGGACGGGACACCGAGGACGGGCGCCAACGAAGCGUGGUGUUCACAAAAGUGCCAUCACAGUGUGACUCACUCGGGAGGGGCCUGUGGAGGCAAAUGGCACACAGAGUAGGGUGGCACAGGUCCGGGGAGGGGCUGAAGAGGGGGCGUUCAGCGGGCACAGCGAGUGCUGGCUCACCUGCUCACCCGCGCUCCUGGGGCCCAGGCCCUUCUGAUCCUGCCCCGCACCUCGAAGCCAGCCUGCCCUGAGCCCACAGGAGCUGCGGAGAGGACCCGGCUAAAGCAUCCUCCGGGACUGGCGUUCCCUGGGCCCACGUUCGCUCCGAACUGGUGGCCUUUUGGGGCCAACUUCCCUCACCCCCUUUUUUUCUCAUAAGCGGUCACAAAUCAGGGAGGACCGAAAUUUGUCCAAUAAGAAAAAUGCACUCACUCAUGAAAGACGAUUGAUCACAACGGGACGCUCUGUAGUCUUCCGAGCAGCACCUUCCCGAGGCGCUGGGCCCUCUUACUGGGGAAAGUCACAAGAAUGAAGCUUCGUUGUACACGCGGCACCUCCCGGCUUCAGCUGGGGUGACAGCGGGGGAGGGGGGACGGCCUCGUGGCGUGCGCCACGCUGUCAGCGCUUCCGAAAGGGAAGAGCACAGGACGCUGUGUGCAGCGCGGCCGGCGAAGCUUCCCAAGGCGGCAGACCGCGCUGGCGUCAGAAGGCUGAGGUGCGGUUCACUGGCUGAGGGAGCCCCCACGCCCACCUGGAGUUGCAAAGGGCAAAGGCCGCCACCUUCCCUGCUGGCCAUGGCUUCUGCCAAAGCUCCCAGUUGGGACCCACAUUUAGGCCUCCCCCAGCUGGCGGGAGCCCCCAGCCCUGCACCCGUGCAAGCUGGUUAGCAGCCUUGAGGGUGGGGCACUUGUGGUGGCGCAGGACUCUCGCAGACACCUUGGCAAAUGUGUUCCAGUCAGUCUGACGUGGCUGUGUUUUUCGCCUCGUCUCUCUUAACUUACCACUUCCAUCAAGGCCGUGAAUAAACAGAGCUCCGCAGCUUCAAAGCUCUUUGGACAUACUAAUUAACUCUGGCUUAAUUGGAUGAAAUAACGUGAAGCUCCGGUGACGUCAUCCCCACUCUGUGCCCAGAUCUGGCCACAAGUGAAAUCUGGUGACUGCCGGGCUAUGAGCCUCAUCUUGUGGUAACUUGCCUUUCACAACCAGCACACAAAACGCCGGUCAGGGAGGCCCUUCCCCUGUGGCUCCACGGGCCUCAGAAAAGGGCCAGCUGUGGGCACUCUUGGCCAACCAAGCUCGCAAGACGCAAGUGGCGUCUGUGAGUGUGUGUGUAAGAACCAGCCUGUGCCAUCCACACCCCCUAAAUUGUUUUCCUUGUACUUGUAAGCAAGAGGCUAUAAAAACUCAGAGGUGCCUUCAGAUAUUCCCAGAGCCCCAAAGAGCUCUGUGACCGCAGGGCCGUGCACGCCUGUCUUGCAGAGCCGAGGACAGGAUGCCCCCGGCCUGUGUUCAGGACCCCGAGGGCCAGCGCUGCUCGUGAGGCCUGCGGGAGCCGGUACCAUGCGAAGUUGGGAGAACUGAGCCAGGCAAGCAGGCCCAGCCGGAAGGCACGGGGCUGGCUGUACCACCGCACGGAGCCCCGCUGUGCCGCACAGACUCAGAGGGCCUGGGGCCGGCGCCCUGUUUUCUGCUUGGCCACAACCAGCCUGGGUGAGGAGCACAGCCGCCUGGGUCCCUGACUCCACCCGGCUCCACUCCGCCCGCAGCAGCAGUCAGGAGCCCGCACAGCGGGCCGGCCAGUCCGCCCUGGUCCCCCGCUGAGCCCCAGGUGAAGGCUGCUUGCUGCCCUGACCUGUGUCCCAGGGGCUGGGCCGGACCCGCGUCAGUGACACGGAGGCCUUUGCUGUUCAGUCGCUAACAAAGGACAGCAGCCCUGCUCACUGCUCCUCCCCUGCAGGUUCUCAAGGGGGCAUGGGGGUUGCAGCCAUUUUAAUGCAAAUAGUACUGUAUGUGUUGAAGCAGAGAGAACGUGCAGCUACGGCUUGACAGUGGGCCACAGGGGGCAGCUGUGUGAGAGUGUCCAGCUCGAGAAAUGCAAAGUGGCCGGCACCUCAGCUGUCCUGCCCCGUGCAUCUGAGCCACUUCUGCCCCCGGGGACAGGCCACGUAGCUGCGGCACCCACGGCCAGGUCGGUGCUCUCGUGCCAGCUAUGCGGUGCCCGAGCCUCAGAGUCUGUCACACGUCUGCUUCCGUGCAUCCGUGUGCGGAGCGCGAGGUGCGUCGUCACUGCAUGGGCCAGUCCAGCCUGGGACGGGGCUUCCUCGUCCAUGGGCCCAGGGCUUGCCCUUGGCCGGCAAGCCGUGCUGUGGUAGGUACACCCUGCGCGUGUCUUUGGUGCACGUCCGAGCGCCGGUGUUGGGUGUGCCUGUGCCUCAGUUCUGGAGGCCCUGGACGUGCAGGGCCUUCGCGUUGGCAGCGGCGGCUUCCAUGGUGUGGGACUAAUUCCUGCCGAAGAGCUGCGCUGCCCUUCCCCACAGGCAGCUCUCACCUCACCGUCGUGGCUCUUCCUACCACUGCCACGGACUCUGCCUGGCAGGUAACCUGCCCCCACACAACUCCGGGCUCAUGAUCUGGGCACUAAGUGGACCCACCAUUCCAAGCGAAGACAGUCCAUCACAGCCCGGGGGCCAGUGUUGGGACGCAGCUGCCAAGCGAGGAGGCUGACUCCCGACAGGCUGACACUGGGCGCAGGAAGCACACAGCGCCGCCGGCUUUCAGAGAGCAGCGCUCUGAAUCCGUGAGCCCUCCAAACGCCUUCACAUCGUCGCCGGGCCUGGCAGGCCAUGCCCGGGACCCGGCGCUGAGCAGCCAGGCUGAAGGUUCCUGAGCCCGUCGGUGCUUUGACGCGGCCCCUCCUAAAAUGCCCCACCCCCCUCUACGUCCCUCGGAGCUCUGAAUCUCCGUAGCCCGCCUGAGGCCACAUGGACUUCGUCUGAAAAGUGGGGAUUUCUAAGUAGGCACCAGGCACCCUGGGGCAGAGUCAGGGGCCACAUGUGUUUCAAGUUGUGCCAGCCACUCCUGCCCACAGACAGCGUGGCAGAGCCCUCUAGACUAAAGCUGACCUCCUGCCCUUCCUUCCCGUGCCCACAGCAGCACCCGGUCUCCUCUGAGGGCUGGACCGCAAGGUGACCGCUACUGAGCUGGGGCCGCCUCUGAGCGGCCCCUGGGCUUCCCCGCAUUGCCGGUGGGGGGGCAGAGGGAGGGCUGCGGAGGGCUACAGCUCUGCCUGCUGCAGGCCCUGGCGGGAGGGGUCUGCUCAGGCCGCGGUGGCCGUCGUCUCCCCGUCUUCGUGGCACGGGGCUCGCAGCAGGCACCGCCCACUUGUGAAUGGCCGCGAGUGCCCUUUCCGGGCAAGGCCCUGGGCUUUGCGUCCCUCCUCUUGCUCCCUGCUCGGACUGGCUUGAGUCGGCUCAGUCCGCCGCCCCUGCCGCUGCUCCGACGUCAGCCUGUACUGCCCCUUCUUGGAAGCCCCUCACGGGCCUAUCAGGGGAGCUGACCGAGGCUCAUGUGACACCCACUCUCCCUUCCCGGCUUGCCCGGGCAACGUCAGGGUCUCUGGCCUCUGCCCUGGCCAGUGCCUCUGAGUCCCGGCCCCCGAGCACCAGAGCCGGCUCUUCUCCUCCACUGGGUUUGCCUCACAGCCCCCCAAACCCUAAACGUGCCCUGCCCAGCGGCAUCCUGAAUACCGCUUCCUGCCCUCCGCUCAUCUCCCAGCUCAGCUACUUCCUGUAUAAAACUGUGUCCACUCAGGGCCAGAAGGCCUCAGGCCCUGGUAACACAGAACGCCUGUCCUCUGUACCCUUUCCAAGCCCAGCCAGGAGAAGCAGCGGGGCUCCUUUGUCAGAGCUGAAGUGGAGGCCAGGGAAUGGGAGGUGAAAGUAGGUCCCGCCACAUAGGAGGGCUCCUGCCGCGCAGCGACAUCGAAGGGCGCAAGAUGAGUUCGCAGCAGCCGGGCAAAUGCUUCUGAGGGAGGGGCCUGCUGGUGCCGCCCUCCUGAGCCCUUGCCAGGCUCCAGCAGAGCUGCCAUCCCCAGCCCUGGCCCUUCAGGGCAGCUGGGCAUCGGGUUUCCUUAUCGCUUCCUCCAGUUAUUCCGAAACACAUGUUGACCCUCUCCCUCCCGCGCCCCCCCCCCGAAAUAAAUUCAACAGAGGAGCAGUUG